AACAACAACAACAACUACUGGGUACAGUGUCCGGAGUUCGGCAGACUGCCCAGACUGUAAUCUCAUCUAUGAAGGUCACACACUAGCAAUGCCUUGCAGUCUGGCAGUCUCCGGCUUAAAGGAGGCACCAAUGGGGACGCGGGGCGGGGCCUGGGGUGUCCGCGGACUUGAGCGGUGCGGUACGGUGCAGAGAGGUGCGGUGCCGUGCCGUGCCGUGCAGUGCCAUGCCAUGCUGUGCCAUGCCAUGGGUCCGUGCAAGGCGGUGUUGCUGGGGCUGCUGCUGGGCGCCCUGGGUGCGGCGGCGUGCGGGUCGCACUCCCUGCGCUACUUCAAGACCAGGAUGACGGAUCCCGGCCCCGGGAUGCCGCAGUUCGUGAUCGUCGGGUACGUAGAUGGCGAACUCCUCUGGAACUACAACAGCCUGGGUUGAAAAGGACCACAGUGUAGCUCGAGUUUCAACCCCCCCGCUGUGUG